GACCUGCUAGUGUACGAUUAUCUUUAAAAACAAUAUGGAUGGUACCUCAGUAUCACUAUUCUGCAGGUUGUAUACAUUUUGCCCGGGUGCAGGUACCAACCUGGGCAAAGCAAAGAGCCACAGCAUAUGGGUAAUGGUACUGAGGGAUGAAAAUGUCGGCCACGAAGUUCCGGAGUUUGUCAGCCAGGCCGUAUACCACCACCACCACCAGACAGAGGGUGGGAACCAGGGGCAUCAGUGCACGAUCGGAUGCAAGAAUCUUCAACGAGGAGGAGGCACAACUCCCUCGCCUCCACCUGUCUGACCUGCACACGGGAGAAGAGUGAGCACAGAGCAUCCUGGCGCUGUGAGGAAGAAAGAGCCAGCAGGGACGGUGGUGCAGGUCGGUGAGGAGGCUGUGACUGCAGAGGGACAACUGAGGGGCACAGCAACACAUGCACAUGUUCUUCUGAUGAAGGGCUGGUGGGGACAGCUGAUGCAUCUGCCAAAUGACUCAAACGAGAUGGGUGUAGUACUGUCCAGAGUAAACAACAGUUGUCAGGUGCAGGUACCAACAACAAGAGAAGCCAACAGCAUAGACAGCGACUACUCCUCCAUCAUACCUAACCAGAACAAAGUGUGUGAGCCAGAGGAGGCGCUGGUCCCUGCUCUUCCAGAGACAGCGAGCGUGGAGCGAGGCUACGUCACUCCACAACAAGUGUACAACCUGCUGAACGCAGAGGAAGGCCAGCCCGCCUUGCACGACCCCGACUAUAUUCUCAUCCUGGACUGCCGCAGCGCAGGGAGGUACAAGGAUUGCCAUGUGGUGACAUCGCGGGCUGCUGUGACGGUGAUCCACCCUGCGCUGGGCUGUCUGAUCAGCUGUAUAGAUCUGCAGAAGUAUUCUAUAAUCCUGCUGUAUGCAGAGGAAGGGUGCAGCCCAGUGGGCAGUGUGAAGGCCAGGGCGGACUCCCCGGACCUCCAGCGCUGCUUCUUCCAGCUGAGCGCUCUAGGGAUGGACCCGGUCAUCCUGCUGGGGGGGUUCUCAGCCUUCAAUGCCCUCUACCCUUUCAUGUGCACACCCCGCAUGGUCCUGCUUGAACCUGAGCGGCGCGCCCUCACCAUCUACCCCUCGGAGAUCCUGGAAGGAGCUCUCUACCAGGGCUCUGCCUCGCAGGCCUCCGACUUCCGCAUCAUCAAGAAUUUACACAUAACGCACGUGGUCAACGCCACUGCCAACAGCCCCGAUGCUUUCCCCAACACGCUGAGCUACCUGAGGCUGCGUCUGAGCGAUGACGCCCAGCAGGACCUGGUGGAGGCCCUGCCGCUGGCGUCCAGGUUCAUCAACACAGCGCUGAAGGCUGAGCCGGCUGGCCGCGUUCUGGUCCACUGUAGUCUGGGCAGGAGCCGCAGCUCAGCACUGACACUGGCCUUCCUCAUGGAGCACCGGCGCUGGUCCCUGCUACACGCCCUGCGCUGGAUGAAGGAGAGGAGGGCUUGCACGGCACCCAACGUGAACUUCCUGCGUCAGCUGCUGACCUAUGAGGAGACGCUGUUUGGGAGCAGACUCACCUCCCUGGACGACAUCCGCCGAUGACUGCGGGGACGAGUGGGGAUGAAGAGGAGGAUACACUGGAUUGUUUUGUCUCCUACGGUUCAUGUUGAGAAAGUGUAAAAAAAUAAAUAAAAGGUGCAGACAUAUCAAACAGAGGCGGAUUUUGUACUGCAACAAAGACUCAAUAGGAGAAUCCACAGAGUAGUCUGACAUCGAUCUGACUUCACCAUCAAGCCCCACGCAAGGUUCCUUGUGCUAUGCCUCAGUGACAGCAGUAAUCGUACACAUGUGAAAUGUUGUGGCCUCUGUAAUAUAACAUAAUCCCUUUUGCUUGGUGAUAGCAAAUAGGAAAUGUACAUUAAUAAAGUGUAUUUAGAACAUUUUUUGGCAUUAGAAAUGUUUCCCAUUGUCUUUUGCCCAUCUGUUCUAUCUCACAGUGAUGGUCUGUCACGACAGUCCGUGCAACAGUGGAGCUUGCAAACGCCCAAUGCUCAUCCCAUACUGCACACACACACACACACACACACAAACACUCGGCUCCACCCCGCUGACCUCAGGAGCACGUUGCAGGAAUUCCCUCCCUCACUUUUUUGCUGGGGUGGAAGGAAUUUUCUGGAAUGUGGAGGAAUGGAGCAGAGACUAGUGAAAGUAGUGGAAAUAGUGGGAAAAACCAAACCCCCAACAACUCCAGUUUGUUUGCUCAAGUUAAACACUGCAGACCCUCGCCAACCCUCCACCAAGUGUGGGGCUA